AUGAAGAGCUUGAGGAUCGCCAAGAAGAAGCCGACUCAGGAUACUGGCCGCAAGCCUGCCCCCGGCGAGCGCAAGGCCAUGCGCAAGCGCAUUGUUCUCAGCAACACCAACGCGUUGGAGGUGCCCGGCCUCCGCGAUUUGGAAGCGAGCGCGAUCGGUGACGCCGAGUUUGAGAACCAGGUCAUGGGCAUACCCGGGCCGGUUGUGGACCAGCUGCGUGCUGUUGAGGCUUUCAAGACAAACCAAGGCUGGGGGCUGUUCAGACGGCCGGCGGCGUUGAUGAGGCGAGAUGCCAUUGAGUUGAGCAAGGCUAUCAGAUCGAUCCAGGCCGAGAACAAGACCACGCUCAGGCGGGUCAUCACGGGCGAGAGGGCGAGCGGAAAGACCACCCUACUGCUGCAGGCCAUGUCAAUGGCCUUUAUGAAGGAGUGGGUGGUUGUCAAUUUCCCUGACGCUAAGGAACUGGUCAUCAACCACACCGCCUAUGACCACGCCCCAGGGACAAACCCCCCGCAGUAUGUACAGAAAGACUACACCGCUCAGCUUCUUCGCCAAAUCAGCACAGCCAACGAGGCUGUUCUGGACAAGAUGAAGCUCUCGCAAAAGCACAAUCUCCCAAUCCCGGUUCCCGAGGACAUUACUCUCCGUGCCUUUGCCGAGUUGGGCGCUAAAGAUCGCGAUUCUUCAUGGCAAUUCCUCCAGGCGCUCUGGAAGGAGCUCAUUAAGCCUGGUGGCCCGCCAAUCAUGGUCUGCAUGGACAACCUGUCCUACAUCAUGGGAAACUCCAAGUACACCGACCGCGACUUCAAGCCCAUCCACUCGCACGACCUGCUCCUGGUCCGGCACUUCACCGACCUCCUUUCCGGUAACACGAAGCUGCCGAACGGUGGCAUGGUCCUGGCCGCAACGUCCGGAUCCUGCUCGCCCAAGUCCGAGGCCAUGGAGUUUGCCAUCAAAGCCAAGGAGGCGCAGCAGACCCCGGGAGCCGAGGUUCCGCAGUGGAACCCGUAUUUGGCGCGUGACGAGCGCAGUUACAACAGCCUCAGAGACGCUGAGGUGCAGAGGCUGAGGGGCCUGACCCGCGAGGAGGCAAGGGGCAUCAUGGAGUACUACGCCGCGAGCGGCAUGAUGAGGCGCGUUGUCGAUGAGAACCUGGUCUCUGAGAAGUGGACCAUCAGCAGUGGCGGCAUCAUCGGCGAGCUUGAGAGGAGCACUGUCAAGUACCGCAUAUAG